AUGGCGCUCCCAAUCAGCAGUCCAUCUCCAAAAGUAGACCGUUUCCAACAAGCAAUGGAAUCUAUUUACGGUAGAUUCGCCAACAUUCGAGAUCCAGACACCUGGUCCCCGCCACUCCGAUCUGGCGGCCACCGCGGCCGAUAUUUAUGGACGGAUGCGUUUGGUGUACUCAAUCUAUUAACCAUGCACAAAGAAUACACAGUUGCAGGCGGGGGCAGCGAUGACAAACGAUACCUAGUACUAGCCCGACGACUCAUCGAAACCGUUCACGACGUAUUGGGUCACACAAGAGAUAAUCGAUCACAACUACCAGGAGCAACCGAUGCCAAUCCACUUGGGGGAGGAUUGCGAAUCGGGAAGACUGAUGAGCAAGGUUCGGACUGCGAUGGGCAAUAUCAUCAUUACUUGACUAUAUGGAUGUUUGCGCUGAACCGUAUGGCGAUGGCAUCUGGUGAUAUGGAUUAUAAUCGUCUGGCUGUGCAGCUUGCACGGGCUAUCCAUCCGAAAUUCUUUCAAAAUCGCUCUACGUCACAUCCGCGGGUGGUUUGGAAGAUGUCUAUGGAUCUAUCCACGCCGCUGGUUACAUCCGAGGGAAAUCUUGAUCCGAUCGCUGGGUUUGUCGUUUUUCGGCUACUUCAAGCGACUGCCAUGAAGGCCGGUGAUGGCGAAGUCUUGUCUGAAGAAAUAGCGGAUUAUAGACGAGUCAUGGACCGCAAGGGAGAGCAUUUUGUCUCGAGUGACCCGUUGGAUCUGGGUAUGACCUUGUGGACAGCGCAUUGGUUCUCCGGUAGGGAGACUUGGGCUUCGAAUCUUGUGACGAAAUGCUUUGAGCACUUGUAUAAUCUCUUCGAGAUAGAUCAAUAUCUCUUGCGAAAUACCAAAUUUCGCUUGGCUUUCCGCGAAUUUGGUACUGCGAUGGGUCUUCAAUGCGAGGCAGAACAAACUACGGAGAAAGAGCGAAGUGUUGAUCUUAAGAAUUGGGCUGAUUGCAUUAUCGCAGAAUGGGAUCCGUACAUGGAGCUCUCCAUCUCCGAAGACCAGACCCCGGAGGAUAUGCGACCCAUCACGCGAGUGAUGUAUGCAUCGGCAUUAACUCCAGGUGGUAAGUGA